AUGGCUUCAGGACCGGAAUUCACUGCCAAGGAGGUGGCAGUUCACAAUACGUCUGAUGACUGCUGGAUGACAAUCCAAGGGCAAGUCUACGAUGUCACCAAGUACAUUCACGAUCAUCCUGGCGGUGCAGACAUUCUCAUUGAGGCUGCUGGCAAAGAUGCGACGGUAGACUUUGACAAUGCUGGCCAUUCUGAGGAUGCCUUUGAGAUUAUGGCAGAGUAUCGCAUCGGAAAGUACAAGGGAGCUCCGAGAAAUGAUGCUCCCAAACGUGUUACUCUUCAGCCGAAAGCAACUCCAAAGCCUAAGUCAGGAGGCCGAGCUUCUGCUGUCGUGGCCACCGCGGCCGUCUCAAGUGCCCUCGCUCUGCACCAAGCUUAUCGGUUCAAUCCUGGGCUCUUGGAUGUGCUUCCUGCUUUCAAGCUUUCGUCAAAACCAAACCGAGGCUUGGGCUUCUUUGAAGGGUUUAUCCUGGCGUCUGCUCUGUUCACCGUUGCUGGCACUUACGUGGUGAAGAGACUAUCCAAGUUUCUCCAUUUCGAAGAGGGCGGCUUCAUGAGUUAUCCCCCUCACAAGAAGAUGCCCAAGGUCUCCAAGCCCAAUCCCCUCAUUCAACGUGGAUGGCUUGAUCCUUCAGCGUCCCAUGCUCUUCCACUCACUGAGAAGGAGCUGAUUGCCCCCAACGUCUACCGAUUGGUUUUUGCCUUGCCUACACCCACAACAGUGCUUGGCCUCCCGAUUGGUCAGCAUCUUUCAAUCAAGGCAGAUGUUGGAGGCAAAUCGGUCAACCGGUCGUACACACCUAUCUCCAACAACUCGGAUCUCGGUACUUUGGAGUUGGUCAUUAAGUGCUAUACUGAUGGACAACUGACAGGGGGUUACUUGGCCAACGUCGAAAUUGGAGAUGAAGUGCUAUUCCGAGGACCUAAGGGCGCCAUGCGUUAUCAGCAUGGUCUCUGCAAAAAGAUUGGCAUGUUGGCUGGUGGAACUGGUAUUACCCCAAUGUUCCAGAUCAUCCGUGCCAUCUGCGAAGAUGAUCGAGAUCUUACGGAAGUCAGCUUGAUAUAUGCCAACAGAUCAGAAGAAGACAUUCUUCUCCGGAAAGAGCUUGAGUCAUUCGCUCGUCGAUAUCCCCAGAGCUUUAAACUCUACUACCUCCUCGACAACGCCCCAGCUGACUGGAAGUAUGGGACCGGCUAUGUGACGCAGGAACUCAUGGCUGAAAGGUUUCCUGCACCUGGACCAGACUCCAAAGUCAUGUUGUGUGGCCCGCCAGGGAUGAUUAGCGCCGCUAAAAAGUCGCUGGUCAACCUUGGUUUUGAGAAGCCGGGAGCUUCGCCUAAGAUGACAGACCAGGUCUUUUGCUUCUGA